GCCCCCACCUCUCUCACGCGCACGUGCGCGCGCGCUCGCUUCUAGUGAAAAUGGGUUUUUAGCACACCUCUGACGUCAGCUGGUCAGCAUAUUGCCUCUAAUCAGAAGGCUGAAGGUUGGCUUGGAUCAUUAAUCGGUGUUGGACAUCGGCGCGUCCUCAGGGGAUGGCGAUUGUGUUGUCAUGGUUUCAGUCAUGAUGUCGCCAGGUUUGGUACAGCAUCUUUCCGUGUGUCUGUAUCCGCAGUAAAAACGCACUUGGGGAUGGAGAAAGCGACAGCCUAAAGAAGCGCAAUUACUGCACACGGGGAGAAAUUACACCAGGUGGGAUUCAGUGUUCCUCUCUCCGUGCACCGGGUUCUUUUUUUUUUUUUUUUUUUUUUUAGGGACGUAUCGUUUAUCAUGUCUGCGAAGGAAAGACUCAAAAGCAAGAUGACAAAAGACAGCGUUACCUUGCUGCCGUGCUUUUAUUUCGUGGAGCUCCCAAUUCUGGUGUCCUCUGUGGUCAGCUUAUACUUCUUGGAGCUGACAGAUAUUUUUAAGCCAGUGCGUUCAGGCUACAGCUGCAAUGACCGCAGUCUCAGCAUGCCUUACAUUGAGCCCACAAAGGAGGUCAUCCCCUUCCUCAUGCUCUUCAGUCUGGCUUUCGCCGGGCCAGCGGUGACGAUUAUGAUUGGGGAAGGGAUCCUGUACUGCUGCUUGGCCAGAAGAAACAUCGCCAUCAAAACAGAGGCUAACAUAAAUGCCGCCGGCUGCAAUUUCAACUCUUACAUCCGAAGAGCUGUGAGGUUUGUGGGGGUCCAUGUUUUUGGCCUGUGCAUCACAGCACUCAUCACAGAUAUUAUCCAGCUGGCCACAGGAUACCAUGCCCCCUACUUCCUAACUGUGUGCAAGCCCAACUACACCAGCCUCAACACUUCCUGUGAUGAAAACUCUUUCAUUGUGGAUGACAUCUGCUCUGGGCCUGAUCCAGCAGCAAUCAACUCUGGCAGGAAGUCCUUCCCAUCUCAGCACGCCACUCUGGCAGCUUUUGCGGCUGUGUACAUCUCCAUGUACUUUAAUGCCACUCUGACUGACUCAACUAAGCUCCUGAAGCCACUCCUGGUGUUUUCCUUCAUCAUCUGUGGCAUUAUCUGUGGUCUGACUCGCAUCAUUCAGUUCAAGAACCAUGCCGUGGAUGUCUACUGUGGCUUUCUCAUCGGAGGGGGCAUAGCCGUCUACCUGGGUCUGUAUGCAGUUGGAAACUUUAAACCUAGUGAAGACACAUCACUAAAGACACAUGUACAUCCUCCUCUCCGGCAACCACAGCCACCACAACCUCCACCACAGCCCCAGCCAGUGGUGCCUCCACCUGCCAUGCGGGAGCCUCUGAGACCUCUACCAAACUUGAACACAGAUCCACCACGCUUACUGCCCCCUAAGAGCCUGAGCAUGCGGGAACGUCCCACCUCAGCUCGCUCUGAGAGUAUCCUGCUACGUGGCCCAUCCCACAGAGAGAACAUGUCCAGUUUGAAAAGGGCAAGCACAGAGGUAGAGUGCAUUACACCUCCUAGUCCCCUCUGCCAGGAGAGCUUUGUGUCAUUUAGUAACACUCUGCCCCGUGUGCACUCAACUGGAUUCGAAGAACCGGUGCCUCGCCGCCAUGCUGCUAUCCAUGCCUCCAUGGACUCCACACGUUCUAAGCAGCUGCUCUCACAGUGGAAGACCAAGAACGAGAACCGCAAGCUGUCUCUGCAGGUAAUGGAGGCUGAGGCUGGUCAGCUUUCUCCCCAGCGAAACAUGGAGCUCCGCUGCAGCUCUGAACCCUCAGCCGUGGGCUUAGAUGGUGAGCUCCGUGGUGGACCACCUGGACAGUACAUGAAGCUAGCUGCUAGUGCUGUGCCAUUAGCCAAUCAUAAUAACUCUGGUGGCCUAUCUGGUGGAGCAAGGGUAUCGAUCCAGUCACGACCAGGAUCGUCCCAACUGGUGCACAUCCCUGAGGAGACCCAAGAGAACGUGAGCUCCUCACAUCAAGAGGAUGGUGGGGAGGUGAAUGAUGGUGGGGGAGGGGGCGGAAAUGCACGGGCGAAAUGGCUGAAGGUGGCAGAGAAGAGCACCGCCUGUCGGACUAACAGCCAGCCACGUAUCAUGCAGGUCAUCGCAAUGUCUAAGCAGCAGGGCAUGUUGCACGGCAGUCCUAAAAGUGAGGGGAGCACCGUGAGUUGUACCGGAUCCAUCCGUUACAAAGCACUCAUGGAUCAGGAACCCAGCGCGGGAAUUGUUCGAGUGGAGGCCCACCCUGAGAACAAGCCUGUGGUUAAACCACCAUCUACAGAUGGCAGCGGGUCCUGGAGGUGGAAACCGCAAGAGCGAGGAAGCAUCCGGCAGUCCCUUGAGCUCAACGACCUGAAUCGGGACUCCGAAAGUUGCGAGUCAUUGAAAGACGGCUACGGCUCCUUCGAUGGCAACCGGAGCCUACCUGACAUGAGCAAUCCCCAUCAUCCCCAUUUCCACCAUCACCACCACCAACAGAGUAUCACCACCAUCCGAGUUACACCGGUGGAAGCCAGCAGUGAAGCCACCUCAGAAACUCUCUCCUCCACCUCCAGUCGAGACUCCACACUACGCAGGAAAGGCAACAUCAUCCUGCUGCCCGACAGAGGACCUAGUCCUGAUAAUGCUAGGAACCUGCCUCACUUUUUCAAACUCUCCCCUACACCUCCCCCCAUUUUGACUUUCAAGGAGUGAAAGAAACCCCUUACCUUACCAAUCCUCUAAGAGUUGUCCUGCUCUAUGAACUCUGAAGACUAGAGGCUCUGUUAGGGGACUGCGCAGAGCCAGUGAUUCUGGACACAUGUACUGUACAUUCCCUGACCAUUAGACACAACUGAACUCUCCAGAACACGUAAGGCAACAUUGUGCAUUUUCAAUCUACAUUCUGUAGGCCUCUUUACUAUAACAUAAGCACAAAAUAUACAAUUUGGGACUGUUUGGUAAAGGUGAUUGUUUGAUUUGCUUAUCUCAUUCGGAUUAGCUUUGUUAUCGAAUCCAUUGUCUUAUCGGAAUUGUCUGUUGUCUCAUGGCAACGUGGGUGCUUUUAAAAAGUUUGCAAAUUUAUAUAUAUUUUCUCAAUAUAAAUAUUUGUAUGAAUACUGGACCAUUCAAUCACAUCUUUUCAUGCUUAAGGAGAAAAUUUUGCUUUUAAAUAUUUUAGCUGCGCUUUCAAUCAGACUCAUAGCUUUUAGACAAAUAGGAGAAUGUUAUUGUGAAGUUUACAGAGGGUUUUAGCAAAAAUGUAUUAACCAAAUGGAUGUUUUGUUUAGGGGGCUUAUUUAACCAUAUGCACUGUGUGUUUUAGUGACCAUGAAUAAGCAAUUUUCAUUCAAAAAGCUGAAAGCGCUCUUUGCUGGCAUAGAGACAAUAAAUGUAUAGAGACUCAGCCUUUGGCAUUAUAAAGCAGAGGACAAAACAUUCUUCAAAAAUUAAUGUCAUAUCGCCUUUGUGUAAUAUAAAACUUUUAUUUGGUUCCUUAGACCAAUGAGCACUAUUUUACUCAUAUAUAUUGAUUUGCAAACCCCCUUAUUUUGUACUCUGCUUUGAGCACAGGUGUAAUUGUUUUAUGGCCCAUUGCUGUAAGUUUACAGUGCUGUAUUGUGCAUCAUUUUCUUACUUGUCCCCCCAUUUUGCAUGGCAGGAUGGGGUUAUAUAGCUACUUGAGGUGUGCCCUCUUUAUUUUUAAGAGUGUGGGCAUAAACAAAUGACUCAUACUUCACUGCACAUUGCAGAGAAGCAUACACAAUAUGAGAGCAAUAGGAGGCCCCCAAAGGUUCUAUGGGAAUUCAUUGCUUAUUUUUGUAAAAGUCUACAAAAUACUAAUAAUCAUAUUCAUAGAGUGCCUCAAAAAGUAUUAUAUGCCUAUUAGCUAGUGACAACUUAGCUCCAUCUUGCAGUAACUGUACAAAAAUGUUGCUGCUGUAAUGAUUACGGUGCAGAAUUGACAGAUGUUCACUUUGCUUUUUGUGACUUUGCUUUAAAUAUCCACUGUCUGUGCCAUCAAAUGGCACUGAAGAAUGGGCACAGUCACUGCAUAAUGACAAGUGCUGCAUAAACUAAGGCAUUUUAAUAAAAUACACAAAUAGACAAGGCUAGGAUUUGUCCUGUGUGGAGUGUAUAUUUCUAAACAGUUCUAAACUAUGUAUUUGUAUAUCUAGCUCAUUGUUUACAUCCUUGUUAGGAUCAUGUUGUAAUAUAUACAUAAAUAUUGCCAAAUAAGAAUGUUUGUUGAACAAGGUGUCAGAUACAUGUAGUUGAUUCAUGUACAGUGUCAU